AUGUGUUGUGCACGAGAAAGCGAGGCGAAGGAGGAAUCGGCGCCCUCCGACAAGCCCCAAGAUGCUGUUGCCGACACUCUUCAGGAAGCCAUCACCCCACUCCGAGCACAACAGCAGCUGCCGAUGCAUCUGAAAGCACUGACACCAAGUUGCAGGCAUGCCGUGCACCUCGUGCGUGUCCAACAUCGAGGGCGUAUGCCCGGCGCGCACGGCAUUGUGUCGUGUGGGCCUGCUGGCUGGCACCGCGACGGUGGAAUACGACUCCGCGCCGGUGAAGCCCUGCAGCCAUCAUCGCCAGCAUCGGCAAGGCGACGCUGA